AUGGCACUUGAGGCAGUCUACUUCAUUUGCCCGACGCCUGGCAGCAUCGGUGCGCUGAUGGGAGACUUCUCAGAUGCAAAGUCAGUGUACACUGGAGCCCAUGUGUUCUUCACUUCCAAGCUGGCAACUGAAUUUCUGAAUAGAAUUAAAGGGAACAGGGCGUUGGUGCAACGCCUGAAGGCCUUGAAAGAGGCAAACCUUGAGGUGCUGACUGUCGAUUCGAGAUCGUUUCAGACGGGCCAGCCAGAAGCCAUGACGUGCCUCUUCGGGUCAAGGUCAGAUGAGCGAAGCCGUGAGUUUUCCAUCGAAGUGGAUUCCAUGGCUACUCGCCUUGCAACAGUGUUUGCUGCUCUCAAGGAGUACCCAUCCAUUCGUUACAGGAAGACUGGAGACAGGAGCCUUGGGAACUGUGCGAUAGUUCCUGAGAGACUGGCCCAGAGUGUUCAGAUGGAGCUGUUGAACCUGCUGCAGAAGGACACACUACCAUCGAAACCAAGCUGCGAUUUGCUCAUUGUUGACAGAGGUUUCGAUCCAGUUGCACCCAUCAUUCACGAAUGGACAUAUGAGGCCAUGGUAUACGAUCUUGAGCACCUGGAUGGUGAUGUUUUCAUGGGCUUAUCAGGCAGUAAGUCAGAAAAAAAGGAAGUUGUUCUUGGGGAGCAUGAUGAACUCUGGGUGGAAAUACGGCACAUGCACAUUGCCCAAGCGUCAAGGGCUGUUAACGAGCGGAUGGAAGAUUUCCGGAAGAGAAAUGAGGCAGCAAGGCGUGGCGGGGACAUGGGCUCUGGUAUGUCUGCCUCCGACAUGCGCAAGCUCAUUCAGGCACUUCCAGAAUUCAGGGACGUAUUGUCAAAGGUUGCCUUGCACAUCGACAUCAGCCACGACUUGUUCCAACUUGUGGAGGAGCGAAACUUGAAGACCCUUGGAGAGGUGGAACAAGAUUUGGUGUAUGGGGACAAGCAUUCCAAGGACGUCAUCACCUGGCUCAGUGAGAACCAGCAGGCCUCUGUCCGAGACAAGAUGCGACUGUUCAUGUGCUACUUGGCAACCCACCCGGACAAAUUGGAUUCUGAGCGGCGCGUCCAGUGGCAAAAGCUGGCAGGCCUGCACACGGAGGACAUGUCCACUGUCCUUAACUUGGAAUACCUGGGGGUGCCAGUGUCGAAAAAGGACGCUGGCUCAAGCAGGCUCCUGAACUUUGGGCGCCGGAAGAAGAGGGCCACAAGGAAGGAGAGGGGAGAGAGUGAGCAGGAGUUUGCCCUGGCUCGCUUCCAACCGCUGCUGGCAGAGGUCUUGGAGGACUUGGUCUCUGGGAGCCUGCCUGCUGAUCAGUACCCUUACAUCAAUCCACCAGAGGGUGGCCAGGCGCCCUCCAGCAAGGUGACAUCUGUUAGGACACAAACUGGCUGGGCACAAAGGGCAAAGGGCACACAGGCAUCCAGCGAGACAGGGCAGAACAAGCGCAUCGUGGUGUUUGUGAUUGGUGGGUUCACGCGCUCCGAGAUGCGUGCUGUGCACAAGCUGUCCAGCAGCCUAUCAAAGGACAUAAUAUUGGGAGGCACAAGUGUGGAGACACCUGACACCUUCAUUCAGCACCUGUCGGAUCUUGGCCACGCCAGGCAGGACGACCUGGCAGUGCAGAUUGAGGGCUCCCGGUACUAA